CUAAAGCGGUAAAAUUCUGUUAUCCAAUUCAAAAAAUCAAGACUCAAGAGAAGAGCUAAACUCUAAACCAGAAUCUUAAGUGUUAACCGUACCGAAUCAAACCGGUUUUUCAAUGGAGGAGGGACCGUCGUCGUCGAUGAAGUCAAAGUACAAAGGCGUGAGGAAGAGGAGAUGGGGGAAAUGGGUAUCGGAGAUCAGACUCCCCAACAGCAGAGAGCGUAUCUGGUUGGGAUCCUACGACACUCCCGAGAAGGCGGCGCGUGCCUUCGACGCUGCCCUCUUCUGCCUCCGAGGCAGCGGCGCGAAUUUCAAUUUCCCCGAGAAACCUCCGGUUAUCUCCGGAUGGCAAAAUAUGUCGCGAUCGGAGAUCCGAGAAGCGGCUGCGAGGUUUGCUAAUUCGGAAGAGAGUGUGGGGAGAGAGGAGAAGGAUGAGGAGCAAGAGUCGGAGUUGGUGGUGGAGAGUGUGUUCCCGACGGUUGGAUCGGGUAACUUCGCUUCGGAUUUCGGGUUGUUUGAUGAUGAUUUAAGAGAAGAGCUUGCUCCUCCUACGCUGGAUGAGAAUUAUGAUUGCUCCUCGGUUUAUCUUUGGAACUUCUGAAUCCUGAAUUCUAGUUUUCUUUUUUUUUUUUUUUUUUGCAUUUCUCGGAACAUUAUUUCGAUUAAAUUCGUUUGUCUUCUUCCCCCGAUUUUUUUGUUUGUUCGUCGCUAAUGGGCCAAGGGCCCAAUAUUCGUUGAUAAUAUUGGUCUUUAGAAGGAAUCACAAUACGAAUACUCUGAUUUGUUUUGGUUGCGUAUGGAGAUUUUGUUGUAAUCAUCAGAGCUUUUGAUGAUACCAGUGGGUAAAUUUGAACAUAUGAAGUGAGUUUGAAAAAUGUCAUUUUUCUGCUACCAAGAACAGACUCAUCUUACGGCCACCUACUAACUAUAAACUACGCAAUCUACCAAGUCGAAUUGAUCUCAACUGUGGGAAAGAAAAAAAAUCUUGGACAAGACCAAAUAGAAAUUUUUAGGUUACUUGAAUCAUACGAUAUCACACACUAAGCGGUUAAUACCUUUCAUUAGCUGUCUCAGCAUCUGUUCUAAUCUUCUAUUAUUCAGGUACCUCUCUGUGUACACAGCUUCUGGUUGCUUAAGAUCACAUGGCCGGUGAAUUGGAACAAUCUCGUGACAUGUAUGUGAGAAGAAGAAUGGAUGGAUAUAACACAGUCGAGUGGGAUCAUAAAUAUAACCGGAACUAGUUCAUAUGAAAUCAGAUGUUGAAAAGUUACCUUUCUGUUUAUUUUGCAGAAAAUAUAAAAUUGGAUCUUUGUGUGUGCACGUACAUUUAUGGUUUGAAAAAAAAAAUAUAUAUAUAUAUAUAUAUAUAUAUUGUUGAUCUUAGUAAAUUAAUGUGCAUUUUUUUAUUUGAAUAAAAAUUUGAUAAUGUUUUGUUAUUUUC